GACCGCGCUCCUGGCUGGCGAGAAGCUGCGGGAGCUGAUCCUGCCGGGCGCGCAGGACGACAAGGCGGGCGCGCUGGCCGCGCUGCUGCUGCAGCUCAAGCUGGAACUACCGUUCGACCGCGUGGUCACCAUCGGCACCGUGCUCGUGCCCAUCCUGCUGGUCACCCUGGUCUUCACCAAGAACUUCGCAGAGGAACCCAUUUACUGUUACACCCCGCACAACUUCACUCGUGACCAGGCGCUGUACGCCCGCGGCUACUGCUGGACGGAGCUGCGGGACGCGCUGCCCGGUGUGGACGCCAGCCUGUGGCCUUCCCUGUUUGAGCACAAGUUCCUGCCCUACGCCCUGCUGGCCUUCGCCGCCAUCAUGUACGUGCCCGCGCUGGGCUGGGAGUUCCUCGCCUCCACUCGCCUCACCUCGGAGCUCAACUUCCUGCUGCAGGAGAUUGACAACUGCUACCACCGGGCGGCGGAGGGCCGCGCGCCCAAGAUCGAGAAGCAGAUCCAGUCCAAGGGGCCCGGCAUCACGGAGCGCGAGAAGCGCGAGAUCAUCGAGAACGCCGAGAAGGAGAAGAGCCCCGAGCAGAACCUGUUCGAGAAGUACCUGGAGCGCAGGGGCCGCAGCAACUUCCUGGCCAAGCUGUACCUAGCGCGGCACGUGCUCAUCCUGCUGCUCAGCGUGGUGCCCAUCUCCUACCUGUGCACCUACUACGCCACCCAGAAGCAGAACGAGUUCACCUGCGCGCUGGGCGCCUCCCCCGAUGGGCCGGCGGGGGCCGGGGGCCCGGCGGUGCGCGUCAGCUGCAAGCUGCCCUCGGUGCAGCUGCAGCGGAUCAUCGCGGGCGUGGACAUCGUGCUGCUCUGCUUCAUGAACCUCAUCAUCCUCGUCAACCUCAUCCACCUCUUCAUCUUCCGCAAGAGCAACUUCAUCUUCGACAAGCUGCACAAGGUGGGCAUCAAGACUCGCCGCCAGUGGCGCCGCUCCCAGUUCUGCGACAUCAACAUCCUGGCCAUGUUCUGCAACGAGAACCGCGACCACAUCAAGUCGCUGAACCGGCUGGACUUCAUCACCAACGAGAGCGACCUCAUGUAUGACAACGUGGUGCGGCAGCUGCUGGCCGCCCUGGCCCAGUCCAACCACGACGCCACGCCCACAGUGCGCGACUCCGGCAUCCAGACGGUGGACCCCAGCGCCAACCCCGCCGAGCCCGACGGCUCUGCCGAGCCUCCAGUGGUCAAGCGGCCUCGAAAGAAGAUGAAGUGGAUCCCCACCAGCAACCCGCUGCCACAGCCCUUCAAGGAGCAGCUGGCCAUCAUGCGUGUGGAGAACAGCAAAGCCGACAAGCCCAAGCCGGUACGCAGGAAGACGGCCACCGACACGCUCAUCGCCCCGCUGCUGGACGCCGGAGCUCGAGCUGCCCACCACUACAAGGGGGGCGGGGGUGACGCAGGCCCGGCCCCGCCCCCUGCCCCCGACAAGAAGCACGCCCGCCACUUCUCCCUGGAUGUUCACCCCUACAUCCUGGGCACCAAGAAGGCCAAGGCUGAGGCCGUGCCCGCUGCCCUGCCCGCUUCCCGGAGCCAGGAAGGCGGCUUUCUGUCCCAGGCAGAGGAGUGCGGGCUGGGCCUGGCAGAGGCACCCACCAAAGAUGCUCCACUCCCGGAGAAGGAGGCUCCCUACCCCACGGAGCCAGCUCUCGCAGGGCUUCCCUCUGGUGGCCCGUUUCAUGUCUGCUCAUCCCCAGCAGCCCCUGCCACGGGCCCUCUGUCACCAGCCAGCCUGGGCAAGGCUGACCCCCUUGCCAUCCUGAGCCGAAACGCCACUCACCCCCUGCUCCACAUCAACACCCUGUACGAGACUCGGGAGGAGGAGGAAGGGGGCCCCCAUGUGCCCCCAGACAUGGGCGACCUCAUCACCAUCCCCCCACCCCAGCAGAUCCUCAUCGCCACCUUCGACGAACCAAGAACAGUUGUGAGUACUGUGGAGUUCUGAGGGCACCGGACACCCACGCCAGUGAGAGCCCUCUGCAUGAGCAAGGGAUGUCCAGCCCCGAGUGGACAUGGCCUCGCUCACCCAGUGCCGCCCACAUCCCCAGUCUCCCAUCGCAUGCUGCGGGGCUCAGCACCCUCCCAGU